AUGCGGUUCGGAUUCUCUUCGCGUACAGCUUGCGGUCGAGGCUCGAUUCGUGGUCUCUGGUGCACGUAUUCCUACUCUUUGCAGAGGCAACAGUUUAGCUUUAAGCGACUCAUACAUAACAGGACAACUGCGGCCGCCGAUGCUUUACCGAGCACUCUGAAGUCGAUUACCGAGACAAAACUUAAUGAACUUUCAAGGCAGCAAGCGCUCUUUGAAUCACGCAAGGAGGCCAUUUAUGGGGAAGCUGCGAAACAAAGGACCCUUGAUGACAGAGUUAGAGUGCUUCUUGAAGGUGUGACUCGUCUCCAGGGCUUCCCGGACGAUGGUCUAGAUACUACCGACAAGGAUGAUGCCGUCCUCCGGUCCGACGGUCAACGCCUCUCAGCUAGGAAUGUUUACCGCAAUAUUCGCCGCACCCUGGUUCAGAAGCGAUACGAUUCGUCCAUAUCAGAUUCUCGACUCGAACAGUCUGAGGAAGAGCUACGAAGGCAGCUAGACUUUAUCAGCGCCAAGUAUGAGCAUGCUUUGUUCUUCAACCGCCUGGUUACGGAGUGGCUCUCAAGCCCUCGGAAUCCUGUCCCCGAAGUAACGAGCGGAAAUUCAAAUACUUCAUAUGAAAGUUUGGAACGCAAAGAAGCUCACGAGCAGCGCGUCAAGUGGGAGGCUCUUGUAUUUGAGCCUCAGCAGACUGAUAGCGCCGAGAUUGAACGUUACCUUACAAACCUGUUCAAACAAUCAAGAUUGUCCGAACAAGCGCUGAAGGAUCUCCGAAGACAGGUAAAAUUAUCCAGCAAGGAGUUUCUGGCAAAAGACGACCAUUUUACUGUUCAAUCCCUAAAAUGGGCAAUCAGGGGGGUGAUCAGCAAGGACAUCCUGGCUCGGGAGAAGGUCGCCAUUCUUAGGGAAUUUCUGGUGAAUGAUGCUGUUGCACAGGAGGUUGCGGAUGUCUUGAACGUUCGGAUGGCCCAGCUCGACACCUGGUCUUGGAGCUGCAGUCCAAUCCCCGUGGAAAUGAGACGUCACUUGAACGGAAAAUACCGAGCAUAUAUGGACGAGGAUAUCCUGGAUGCUAUUUUCCUCCACUACAUUGGAGUGAAGUGGAGUAUCAAAUUUAAGGAGCUCUUCUCCGUAAUUUUCAACUCUCACGCGUGGAAGCGCCAGUCUACAAACAUCCCGAAGCGAGACCUUGAGCGGCGGAAAUAUUUCUUAUACGAACAGGACGGGGCAUCCCGGGACGAGCAUAAUAUUGUGGGAGCGAGGAGAAAGUCAUUCAUGGAAAAUUAUUUUAUGUGCCAGUUACCAGCAGAUGCCGAUAGCAUACCUGUGUAUAAUGAGGAUGCCGACGCAGAUGAUCAAAAAAAGAGCUUUAUCGACCUCAAACACUCGCUACUUCACCUUGUUAUGGCAGAGAUCUGGCUUAACAAGGCGCUAUACGGUGAUGUCACUAUCGUCCAGUCCGAUUUUCGAUGGUUUGGCCCGUCACUCCCUCAUACAACGCUCCUAUCCGUCUUGAAGUUCUUCCACGUUCCUCAGGUCUGGCUUGACUUCUUCAAACGUUUUCUUGAAGCUCCUCUGAGAUUCGUCCAGAAUGGUGAUAGUGGUCCUGUGAGGAUACGGAAGAACGGGGCACCGCUGAGCCACACCAUAAGUGACUGGCUUGGAGAAACAUUACUGUUUUGUCUUGACUUUUCUGUGAACCAACACGCAGAUGGGUUGCUUCUUUAUCGGCUGCACGACGAUUUCUGGUUUUGGGGUCAAGAGCAGACUUGCGCUAAAGCGUGGAAAGCUGUCAACGAAUUCUGCACCGUGAUGGGCCUUGAGAUUAACGACGAGAAAAGCGGAACAGCUCGGCUUCAUGGUGGCAAAAGACGGUUUUCGGGUGAUACAGAAGGCGAGCCUGAGCAAAGUCCUUCGACAAUCUCUACGGAUCUCCCGGCUACCCUUCCAAAUGGAGACAUUCGUUGGGGCUUUCUUAAGCUCGACGAAAGGACUGGAAGAUUUGAGGUCGACCAAAGCCAAGUAGAUACCCAUAUCCAGGAGCUUCGGCGCCAGCUUGGUGCAUGCAAGAGCAUUUUCAGCUGGGUUCAAGCAUGGAAUACCUACAUGGCGAGAUUCAUCAGCAAUAACUUCGGCAAACCGGCGUUAUGUCUAGGGCGACCACAUAUUGAGAUGGUGCUUUCGACUCUAAAACGUAUAGAAAGUGAGUUGUUUGUUGUGGAUGGUGACGGUUCUUCGCCCGGCAGUGCUGCAAACCACCUUCGCCUUGCAAUCUCGAAGAAGUUUAAUAUUUCUAACCUCCCGGAUGGAUUUUUUUACUUCCCUGAAGAGUACGGUGGCUUGGCUUUGAUGAACCCGUUUGUGUCCCUGAUUGCGACGCGCGAAGCUAUCAAAACCACUCCUGAGAGGAUCCUCCAUGCUGCGUUUAUCGCAGAGGAGAAAGAAUAUGCCAUGGCCAAAGAGAAAUUUGGAAAGCAGGGUCCUAACCAGGCGGCUUUCUCGCUCAUGAGCUCCAACUCGUCGACAGUGCGUCCCUCACUCCCCAGCGCGGAGUUCAUGCCCUUGGAGGAGUUUGUGAGGCACAGCGAAUCCACAAGUUACCUGCUAAAGAACGCCUACCAGCUCCUUCUGGAGCAACCCGAGGAAGUGCCCGCUGCUUUCACGCCAGAAUUGCAAAAUGCGGUGUCGAAGAAUGAGGCGAUCAAGAGCCUUCCAAUUGAUUGGCACAGGAUGUCGUCGUACUCCAAGAACAUUGUGGAAUUGUACCACCGGGGGAUGAUCAGCAAAUACGGCUCUCUGGCCGGGGCGGAGGAUAAGACUCUGCCACUGGGCGUGGUGAAAAUUCUAAAGAGGGAAAAGAUCAGAUGGCACAGCUGGCUGUGAAUGCGCGCUUCCCUUUGAACAAUGCUUGAACGUGAUUAAUGAGCUGAGAAAAGUUGUAAGCUAUGUGACAGAGCCAUUAAAACACAAUACCCUCCCCUCAGCCUAUAGUAUAUGGAAAAUUUUGAUCACUACCCUUAUUUAACAAUUGGAUCU